AUGGGCAGGAUCCUCCCAGGGGUUGGACUCUGUCCCAGGUCAGCCCUCCAUGUCCCCAGAUGGGCAGGAUCCUCCCAGGGGUUGGACUCUGUCCCAGGUCAGGCCAGCCCUCCAUGUCCCCAGAUGGGCAGGAUCCUCCCAGGGGUUGGACUCUGUCCCAGGUCAGGCCAGCCCUCCAUGUCCCCAGAUGGGCAGGAUCCUCCCAGGGGUUGGACUCUGUCCCAGGUCAGGCCAGCCCUCCAUGUCCCCAGAUGGGCAGGAUCCUCCCAGGGGUUGGACUCUGUCCCAGGUCAGGCCAGCCCUCCAUGUCCCCAGAUGGGCAGGAUCCUCCCAGGGGUUGGACUCUGUCCCAGGUCAGGCCAGCCCUCCAUGUCCCCAGAUGGGCAGGAUCCUCCCAGGGGUUGGACUCUGUCCCAGGUCAGCCCUCCAUGUCCCCAGAUGGGCAGGAUCCUCCCAGGGGUUGGACUCUGUCCCAGGUCAGGCCAGCCCUCCAUGUCCCCAGAUGGGCAGGGUCCUCCCAGGGGUUGGACUCUGUCCCAGGUCAGGCCAGCCCUCCAUGUCCCCAGAUGGGCAGGGUCCUCCCAGGGGUUGGACUCUGUCCCAGGUCAGGCCAGCCCUCCAUGUCCCCAGAUGGGCAGGAUCCUCCCAGGGGUUGGACUCUGUCCCAGGCCAGCCCUCCAUGUCCCCAGAUGGGCAGGGUCCUCCCAGGGGUUGGACUCUGUCCCAGGUCAGGCCAGCCCUCCAUGUCCCCAGAUGGGCAGGGUCCUCCCAGGGGUUGGACUCUGUCCCAGGUCAGGCCAGCCCUCCAUGUCCCCAGAUGGGCAGGAUCCUCCCAGGGGUUGGACUCUGUCCCAGGCAGGCCAGCCCUCCAUGUCCCCAGAUGGGCAGGGUCCUCCCAGGGGUUGGACUCUGUCCCAGGUCAGGCCAGCCCUCCAUGUCCCCAGAUGGGCAGGAUCCUCCCAGGGGUUGGACUCUGUCCCAGGUCAGGCCAGCCCUCCAUGUCCCCAGAUGGGAAGGAUCCUCCCAGGGGUUGGACUCUGUCCCAGGUCAGGCCAGCCCUCCAUGUCCCCAGAUGGGCAGGGUCCUCCCAGGGGUUGGACUCUGUCCCAGGUCAGGCCAGCCCUCCAUGUCCCCAGAUGGGAAGGGUCCUCCCAGGGGUUGGACUCUGUCCCAGGUCAGCCCUCCAUGUCCCCAGAUGGGCAGGGUCCUCCCAGGGGUUUGACUCUGAAUGCAUGA